AUCUUUCUUCAAUUAUAUAUCUCUCCUCUCUAUAAAUCUGCAAUCUCUCUAAAUCUCACUCCCUCUCUCUCUCUCUCCUUUCAAGCUCUCCACGACGAUGAAGCACAAAGUCUCAAGAAGAGUCAUCUCUCUCAGAUGGGUUCCGUUCAUCUGCAUCUCCUUCUUCGUCCUCGGAGCUAUCUUCACCUCAAGGUCGUGGGAGCCGUCGUCUGAUUCCGGUAGUCAGCUGAUCUCACAGCGCCACCGUGACCAUGAGCUCCAGAUUGUCUCUGACGAUUGUGCUCAUAAGAAAAAAGCUACACAAGAAAAAGAUGUAAUUGACCAAGUUUUGAGAACUCACCAAGAAAUAGAUGUUGCCAGGUCUCUAGAUAACUCAGUCGAUGGCUCAGAAACACUUUCUUCCUCUUCAACCGGAUCAAACCCGAAGAAGAAAGUGUUCAUGGUUAUGGGAAUCAACACAGCAUUCAGCAGUAGAAAACGGCGUGACUCCCUCAGAGGAACCUGGAUGCCUCAAGGGGAGAAGCUAGAGAAACUAGAGAAAGAGAAAGGAAUCGUCAUCAAGUUCAUGAUUGGACACAGUGCAACCUCAAACAGUAUAUUGGAUAGAGCUAUUGACUCAGAAGAUGCUCAGCACAAAGACUUCCUUAGGCUGGAACAUGUCGAAGGAUACCACGAGCUCUCAGCGAAAACCAAAAUAUUCUUCUCAACAGCAGUAGCUAGAUGGGAUGCAGAGUUCUACAUCAAGGUUGAUGAUGAUGUCCACGUCAACCUCGGUAUGCUUGCUUCAACACUCGCUCGUCACAGGUCAAAGCCGAGGGUAUACAUCGGUUGUAUGAAGUCAGGACCUGUUCUUGCUCAAAAGACAGUGAAGUACCAUGAGCCUGAGUACUGGAAGUUUGGAGAAGAAGGUAACAAGUACUUUCGACACGCUACGGGACAGAUCUAUGCCAUCUCCAAGGAUCUUGCCAAAUACAUAUCAGUCAACCAGCCAAUAUUGCAUAAGUAUGCAAAUGAAGAUGUGUCUUUAGGGUCAUGGUUUAUUGGACUUGAGGUUGAGCAUAUUGAUGACAGAAACUUCUGCUGUGGUACUCCUCCAGAUUGUAGAUGGAAGGCAGAGGCGGGAGAUGUGUGUGUGGCGUCGUUCGAGUGGAGCUGCAGUGGUAUUUGCAAGUCGGUGGAGAGGAUGAAGAUUGUUCAUGAAGUGUGUAGUGAAGGAGAAGAUGCUGUUUGGAAUGCACUUCUUUGAAUUUUGUGUGUUUUAUCAAGGAAGGCAACUUUGAUAGUUGUUAAGAGGAGAUGACAAUUUUUGUAAAGAACCAAAAAGGUAUACAAAUCUCAUAUACUGGAGAGAACAUCAAGGACUUUAAAAUGAAGAAUGUUUUUUUAAACAUAUAUGUGCCCAAAUGACUCUUCUAGUGUGGCUUGGUUCUGAGGAGAAACAUAUCUCUUGCCCUCCUCUUUUGUGAUUUAUUGUUUAUUAUUUAAGGUUUAACAGGUUUAUCAGCU